ACACAUAUCUCUCCAUCUAGGGAUAAAAAGAAUGAACUCCCUCUCUCCAUCUAGGGAUAAAAAGAAUGAACUCCCAGUUUUCAAUUCCAAUCUGUUUUACAUAUGUGGGUACUGUAUAGAUGUUAUACAAAUCUACAUACAUAGUCAAAGUCAUCACAUCACCAGCACGGUCCUUUCCAAAGGAAGUAUCGAUGCAAUUGCUAUGGUGGAGAUCCAUUCAAAAAGUAGAUGGGAUGAUUGAAAUUGUUGUUUUUAGGUAUUUUAUCAUCGGGAUUGUUCUUGGUACAUUAGUAAAAUUGGGUUUUAUUUGGUCUUCAGGUGUUACUGUGCAAGUAUGCAAGUCUUGCACAGUAACAUUGGUUGUGUCCUCAGCUGGAAAUGUGUCUAAUUUGAUUGAUCUUGUAGCUUCCAGGACAACAUUGGUUGUGUCCUGGAAGCUAGAGUUGUGAGUGAUGGUGCGGUGGUGGAAGUGGUGGAGACGCCGAGGGAAGUGGUGAAGACGGAGUUGUUUUUGCAUCAGAAGAAGGCGUUGGCUUGGAUGGUGAAGACAGAGAGUUGGGCUGGGAUGCCACCUUUUUGGGUGGAGCAGUGUGAUGGGAGUUUUGUUAAUGAGGUUAUGAAUGUUGGGGUGGCGCAUAGGCCGAGGGCUUUGCGUGGGGGGAUUUUGGGGGAUGAUUCGGGGAUGGGGAAGACCUUGACUCUUCUUUCUUUGGUUGCGUUGGAUAAGUGUAGUUAUGAUGGUGGUAGUGGUAGUGCUAGUGGUAGUGGUUCGGGGAGUGAUGUGGUGGAUGAUGGUAAGGAGGAAUUUGCUAUUUAUCAAGGUAAGGAUCCAAAGAGGGCGAGAGGGAGUAAAGCGGUGGAUAGAAUGAGGAAAAGGCAGAGAGUUGUAGGAGAGCUAAGUAAUGAUGGAAAUGCGUUGAUUGAUCUUGUGGCUUCCAGGACAACAUUGGUUGUGUCCUCGACUUCUGUGUUUUCGACGUGGAAAGAGCAAUUGAAAAAGCACACGAAGCCGGGGAAGUUAAGUGUUUACCUGUAUUAUAAACAGAGGACUGAUGACCCAAUGGAGCUUAUAAAGUAUGAUUUGGUACUCACCACAUACUCUUUAUUGGCGUCUGAACUGGAAUCGGGAUCACCAGUAUUCCAAGUACCUUGGUGGAGGGUGAUUUUGGAUGAAGCACAUCUGAUUAAGCACUUCACUCCUACACAAGCCUCUGCUGUACUUAGGUUAAAUGCUAGACGGAGGUGUCUGGUCACUGGAACUCCCAUACAAAACACUACAAUUGACUUGUAUUCUCUCAUGUCCUUUUUGAAAUAUAAUCCAUUUACAGACAAACACUCCAGGAAAAAGACGCUGCUAAAGCCAGUGGACACUAGUGAGGUCACUCGGUUAGAGGCUGUAAUGGAAGCCAUCUGCUUGAGGAGGACAAAAGAGCAGAACAUACUCGGAUUGCCUCAAAAAAUUAUGAAAAUAUGUUCUGUCGAUCUUUCUGCCGAGGAAAGGGAGCGUUAUGAUCAGAUGGAAGUGGAGGCUAAGACUGCCGUUCAGGAUUACAUCUCCACAGGCAGUCAGAAUCCACUAUAUAGCCGUGCUUGGCAUAGUUCUUCGACUCCGCCAGACAUGUACUCAUCUGGACCUAUGCCCUAAAGAUCACAUUGCAACUCUUCCGUGCAGCAAUAAAGAAGGCAUGAUCUCUGAGAUAGUUUUAGCAUACACAUAUCCUCUUCCUGGGGCCCUGGUGGAAUCCAGCAGUUGAUGGACAAGCAAUGGACAGAGUACUUCGGAUAGGAGCAUAGCCUGAAAAAGCAUCGAGGAGCGGAUACCAGAGGUCCGGGAUGGGAAGAAGAGGAUGGCAUCCAAAGCUUUAGACAGGAAGCCUGGGCAUUAAUACUUUAUAGCUGUGUAAAUAAUUCUGUACUGAAUUCAUUUCCUGUCUUUGCAUAUGCAAUACACGAACUAUUGGAAUAUUGUAUUAUAG